AUGUGGAAAGCAGCUUUCACCGGUCGCAGUGAAUCGGGCGGCGCCGCUGGAGCAAGCGCAUCGGGACGCUCUUCCAAAGACACCAGAGACGACUCCCGGCGCAAGAAGAGUAGCCACAGCCAUCGCGCCGAGUCUGUCGUCUCCUCGACCGCGCGAAGAGACGAUGACCGAGACAGAGAGCGUAGGCGUAGUGGCAAGGCGAGUAGCCUGUACGACAAUGGAUCUUCUGCUUCUCGAUACGAGACUGCCUCUUCCUUUGCUUCUCCCAACACUUCCGCCUAUGCGACUGCGCCGACGUCCCGGGUCGGAGAGACACGUCCAUUGACGGAGAGCGCCCUGCGAAUGCUGCCAGACGACGAUGAUGAGUGGGAAGACGAGGACAAGGAUGCGCGCAGUGAGAAGAAGAGCAGACGGAAGGGCAGUGAGGACGAGAAGAGACGGAAGAGCACCCGAAGUGAGAAGGAGAAGUCGAGAAGCAGGUCGCGAGAGAGAAGGGAAAAGAAGAAGGAGAGCAGUAAGACGAUGUCUAGUACGGAGAGACCGCGCGACAAAGAGAGGGAUAAGUCACGCCGUCAGCCAGAACUGGUAGAGGGCUCGAGGACCAUCCCCGAAAUGGGCAGCUUUGAACAGUUCCCGGGUCAAUACGCAGAUGGCUAUAUGGGUCAUUCAUCCCAGCAGGGAGCGUUGAUGUCUGGAGCAUUGCCAAGUCCAGCGCCACAGCAACAAUUCCCGGGCCAGGACCAGUACAGGCCACAGAUGCCUCCGCAACCAACCCGCGCAGAUUCCUACGGCCACGCCGCUGAGUAUUACUUGGAUGAAGGUCAAUCCGUUCAGUUUCAACCCGGCAACCGCCCACUUACUCCCAGUAUGCUCGUCAAUCCGGCCGCUCACUUGCAGGCCGCUUCUGCGCUGCCUAACCCUGCUCAAGACACUGGACAUGGUUCUGCGGCCGACUUCUACAGUGGCAGAGUGAGCCCCGUCAACUCAGCUCCAACAACGUCUGCAAAACCUUUGAGGCCAGGAAAGCAGUCUUCGUCCAGCUCAGGGAAGCCUUCAAAGCCGCCUCGCACCUCCUCUUCGGGUUCUGCCGCAGCCGCUACCGCAACAGCAGCGGGCAUCGGAGCCUUAGCUGGCUCUUCGCACCAUCACUCGUCUUCCAUGCAGCAAUCUACGUCGUCGUCCUACUACCAACAAACAGGCAGCUCUUCAAAGCCGUCUCGACCGAACCGACCAAGCUCUGACGGGGACUUGUACUAUGCGCCGCCUCCAUCGAACAGCACCUACCCGCCUACUCUCGCAUCAACAAACGGUUCUGGACCCAGUCCCUAUGCUAACACAGCAGGUACUCCAGGUAAGCAAUCUACUAACUCUAAUAUACCACUUUAUGCGGCAGGUGCCGCUGCCGCCGGGUUCGCCGCUCACCAAUACGCACAACACCAACAACACUACGGCACCCAGAACAACGGCUUCAACAUGACAUCACAUGGCAACUAUGGAGGAGGUGGUGGUCAGGGCCCUCCACUAUCCCCGCGACCAGGUGCUGGAGGCUACGGCUACUAUCCACCGAACGGCGGCGGUAGUGGAUUUGGCAUGCAACACCAGCACAUCCACGAACACAAGGGACCCUUGACGCGCCUUAAGGAUGGCUUCUUCAAUCUUAUAUCCUCACCAGAAGACACGGCUAAAAUGGAGAUGUACACCGAGUACAUUGGUGUCUGUAAAUACUGCUUCGACCCUCGCACUUCUCCAGGCGACGCGCCCCGUGUGCACCACUACCAUAAGCGACGAGACUCUUUUGAAGACUUGAGGAGGCGAAAAUCAUAUGAGCGAAUGACUCGAAAGGGCAGCAAUGAUUCGUUAAGGCGACAAGGUAGCACUCGAGUUGAUAAAGACAGCCGUUACUACGCCUCCGAGAGCAGUAGGAGGAAACGUGAGAGCGGAGGAGCAGGAUUUCUUGGUGCUGGCCUUGCCGCCGCUGGCGCCGCUGCGGGUGCGAACGCCCUGUACAGCGACCGCAAGAAUUUCGAUGAUACCUACAGUGUGAAAUCCGGACAUCGCGAUAGCUCGGCAGUGAGGCGCCGAAGUCGAUCGUCUUCGCACGAGCGGCGACGUCGCUCUACGCAUGGAAUUAUCCGUUCGGAUAAGGAAGAGUAUGUCACCGUUCGCCGAAAGGAUGGCACUCUAGAGCGCCGCAAAGUUCAGAGAUCGCGUUCUAGCUCGCGAGAGCGCAAAUCCGGAUAUUUGGGUGCUGCGGCCGCGGGUGCGGCUCUUGGGGCUGCUGGUCUAGCUGCGGGCUCCCGGCGUCACUCGAGAAGUCGUUCGCGAAGUCGGAGUCCCACUAUACUGGGCUCGUUUGGAGCAGCAGAUGUCCGAUCAAGACGCAGUGGCCGUACAUCACCCGCUCGAGCCGCUCAAUAUGCUUCUGGCCGCUACGAAGAGCCUGAGGAGGAGCAGGGCAGGUUUGGUGGUUUCUUCUCGCCACCACAGAGGCAACGCCGCGAAUCUCGCGAUCACCACAAGAAGAGGCGUGGAUUCUUCACGUUUAGUAAUGGAUCUUCUUCGUCUUCGAACUCUGAGCUGGCCUUUGGUGAACGGUUUUCAAGUAAGACAAGCUUGCCCUUGCGCCGGAAAGCAUCUUCGGGGUCCAACAGGACGGGCCGUCGAAGAUCGAGGAGGAAUUCUGAUGAGCACAUUGCUGCCACCGUUGCUGGUAUCGGAGCCACUGCUGCGGCCCUGGCUGCAGCGAAGAAAGGAAACAGGGUCAGCAAACGCACAAGCCGGCCGGAACUCGGUAAACGAAGAGAUGUGCGUUACUCAACCGGAUCCGGUCGGCGACCAGACGACACAGUUUCCUCUGAGGAUGGAGAGUGGGAAGACGAACUUCCUUCAGACGUUGACGAUGAGUCCAGCGUUGAUGGUGGUCUUGCGUUUGGCGACUAUGGUGGCAAGCGUCUCUCCAGUCAGCAGAGCUUGGAAAGUGUCGGAUCUGAAUCGCACGCUGGAGGCUUGGGCGCGUGGGGCUGGAGAUGGGGCGGUAAAGAUAAGAAACGCCGAACAAGCCGGCGGUCUGAUCAAGGAAGCACUGCCAGCUCUUUUGCUACACCAGCCCUUGCCACGGGCCUGGCUGCCGGAGCUGCCGCUGGCACUGCGUUCGAUCAAGACCGACCCAUCAACAAACCUGUCUACCUCGACGAUACUGGCAGGCGUCUCCCAAGUAUCGACAGUAGCUCUACGGCGAGCGGACCUGCACGGCCAAUGCAGUAUGUUGAGCCUGCACCGAUCUCCGACUUAGGAAGCACACCAGGGUCACAAUAUCCCUCGAUGCCAGGUGCCUUCGAUCAGGAGCCACCAGUCAUCCGGCCCGGCCCAGCACCACUGCAGCAGCCUCAGCCUAUGUCUCCAGCUCGUCCAGCAUUCACACAAAGCCCACCUGAGAUUAUGGACCCAUAUUCACAUCGACCUGGCCAGCCCCGUCGUGCAAAUUCCAGCCCAAAUCGCAGCUCCUUCGCACAAGAUGCGGCUCUCAUUGGCGCAGGUGCUCUUGCUACUGCUGGAAUCCUCGCAGGCGGCUCCGGCAGACGAUCCAAAGAGCCAUCUAAUGUCCGCUUCGGUCUCACAGACGAGCAACAGCGGAAAGAGGAUCGCGAUCGGCGCAGAGACCAGAAAGCCGCCGAUGAGGAACGACGGCGUGCAGACCGUACGAGAGCACUCAAAGAAGAAGCCGAUCGGGCCGCUCGCGAAUCAAGGCAAGAAGAAGUUCGUCGGGCGCGCGAAGAGGAGAAUCGGAAAGCCGCCGAGGCUGCUUUGGAGCGCGAGCGUGCAGCACAGCGAGAAGCCGAAGAGCAAGCUAGGCGCGAACGCGAGAGAGAAGCUUCGCGAGUUGAGCGUGAGCGCUUAGAGCAAGAAGCGCGCGAUCGCAAGGAGGCCGCUGCCGCUGCCGCCGCAGAAGUUGAAAGACAUCAGAGGGCACGAGAAGAAGCUCAGCGGCGGGCCGAUGCUCAUGAGCGUGAACGUCGCGAAUGGGAAGAGGCGUAUGCGAAAGAAGAGUCCCGUUUGGCUGAAGAAGAGCGGCGCAACGAGGACAUCCGCCGACAGCGAGAGUCGGAGGAGCACGAACGCUACAUCCGGGAGCAAGCUGAGCGCUAUCAGCAGGAGCGCAGAGAUGGCGGUCAUGAGGGGUCUUCGGGAUGGAGUUCUGUCGCUGCCGGAGCUGCCGCAGCCGCUACAGUCGGCGCCGUCAUGGCUGGCAAGGAGCAUAGAAAGAGCCGCAAUCGUAAGAGCCGGGAGGAUUCUUACUACGACGAAGCUCACUUUCCGGAGCGAGACCGCCCGUCUGACGCCGACGUGCAAGCAUAUGGUGGCGCUUCUCGUGAUGAAGCCGAGCUAGACCGCCGUGCCAGAGAACAGUACGGAAGAAGUCCUGCUGACGUCGAGUUCCGCAAUGGGUACGCCGCGGCCGAGAUCAAGCCCGAGAACGAGCAUUCGGGUGAGCCUCUCAUGGACGACGAUCUCUACAAUCCCGACUUUUUCAAGGAAAAGCACACAUCCACCGAGAAUGCCAGGUACGCCGAGUUUGCACGGAAGGCGGCAGACAAAGUCGUGGCCGAUCGAGAAGGCGCAUACACAGAGAAGACUACAUACGCGGAUUUCUUCGCGCCAAAGGAAUUGCUGUGCAAGGCUGCGCAAGGCAAGACGAGUUCUGCGAGCCCGGUCGCUGACAAUGAAGUGCAAACCUGGCAUGCCAGGGAUGCCGACAUACAGUCCCGUUUCCCUUCUUCGGACUACGGUUACGGUAGAAGCAAGCAUGCGCCGUACGGAGUACCAAAGCUCAACGUUAUUUCACCAACGCCACCACCUGGCAGUGUUUCGACGAGCCCAGAAGCCAAGAAGGGCAAAGGGGUAUACUACAAUUCGCCGCUGUCCAAGAGCCAGGACGCUGAUGAAGAAGACUUCGGCGAACCCGAUUCAACUAGCAAGUCUGAGCGUAGCAGAAGCAUCUCCUGGGGCGAAGACAAGACGCACAUCUACGAUGAUCAAACACCAUGCUCCUACCAAGAACGCGACUCAUACAUUCACAGUCCUGACAUGCGCGGCGAAAAGGUAGCGGCUGGGCUUUCCAGCGUAGCGGGCGCAGCAGCUGCGGGCGCCGCACUUCACGAAAUUGUCGUGGAAGAUCCAUCCGGUGACAAGAGGGUAUUUCACGAAGAUGAGUGGGCUCGCGAGGAGGAAGAGUCCAAGAAUGGCCAGGAAAUGGACGAAGGAGAUGACGUUGAAGACAUCACACCUUCCCCUGGAGCAGAGCCUCACGCAUUCUACAGGCAGCCCUUCUUCGACUCCGUGUCUGAUAUGGGCAUCGGGACAUUUGGAGUGGAUUCGCCGGGCACAGAAGGCGCCCCUCCUCAACGUGGUUUCGUGGAAGGGGAAGUAGACGAGCCAACACCUGCUGAAGAACAGAGAUCGCACAUUCCCGGGGGAUUCGACGACGAAAUGGAUGAUAUCUAUCGCCCCAAACGAAAGCUAAGCGAACCCGUCACUGCAGAGACUGAUAGGACUCAAGUAACAGCACGCGAUGCCAUUGAAGACGAGGGCACCGAGGAGCCCGCAUGGGAAGCUCCUCUUUCGAAGAAGGAGAAAAAGAAGCGGGAGAAGGCUGCAAAGGGAAAUGGCAGUCUUGGUGAAAGCGAUCCUGCCACUUCGACGCAACAGCCUGAAUCUGUGCCUGAGCCUUCCAGUGCAGCAAUUCCGGAGACUGAGCCUACCGACUACUUCUCCGGAAUGACUAAGAAGGACAAGAAAAAGGCUAGAAAGCAAGGACUGGCCGACAACGCCAGCUUCAUGGUAGACGAGCCGCCUCGCGAGCCUGACAGCGACGAAGCCAUUCCCACGCCAGCUGCAGAGCCCGAGCCUAUCUUUAGUAAGAAAGAGCAAAAGAAGCGUGACAAGGAGGCCAAAAAGCAAGGCCAAAGUUUCGCAGAUGUCACUGACUCAAUACUUGCGGCCGGGGGCAUUGCAGCUGCCGCAGCUGUAGACAGCACAGAGGACGUUGGCUCCGGCUCAAGUAAAAAGAAGAAGAAGGGCAAGAAGGCAAAGCUCGGCGAGCCCAUCUAUAAUGACCCGAGAGACUCGAAACCUGCCGAAGCCGCUGUCGAAGUCAAGGACGUGAACGAGGAGCCUGCCAGCAUGCCAGGGAGCUGGGACAGCAGCCGCGAAGAGAGGUUUCAAGACGAUAAAUUCGACCACACCUCAAAUGCUAUCGAUCCGUUCCAGUAUCAAGUUCACGAGGAAUCGGCGCCCCCGACAGCACCUGAACCUCCGGCAUCUCAGGAAGCUGGGUCUUGGACAGAAUCCGCGGAACCUAAGUCAAAGAAGAAGAAGAACAAGCGCAGCAGUAUUGCCUUCAACAUUCCGGAAGUGAGCUCGCCGCUGCGUUCCGAAAUCCCCAUGGAUGACUACAUCAGCGCCAAGGAUGCGGCAGAAGACUAUCGCUCUACUGCAGAACUGGCCUCCACGAAUGGCGACGGAAUUGAGAAAGUUUUGCGGCCAGAACCGGACUCUGCAGGCAUCCGAGACGAAGAUCAACUCGACGAGCGGAUGAAGAAUGACUCUGGAACUAGAGACAGACGCAGAGAAAGUGAUAGCCCUCGCCGGAUUUCACCAGAUGAUUCGAGGUCCGUAGUUUCUGCCCCGACUCCUGACGCCGAGGGCCGUCGUCGGGCGAGGCGCGAGGAUCCCCGUAACGGAGAUUACUUUGACGAGCCGUCGUAUGCCUAUGAGACACAAUCUGUGGCGGCAUCUGAGCCCGCUGACAUCUAUGAGAGAUCCAGAAAGUCUAAGAGGCGCUCGCGUCACGCAGACGAUGACGACACCGCGUCUGCGGUCUCGAGCCGUUCUCGUCGUGAUCGUGAUAGGGAGGAGUCGCCUUCGUCAAAGAAAGAGAAGAAGGGUGGCUUGUUCGGGCUGUUCAGCCGGAAGUCAGUCGACGACUACAGAUCUACCAAGGACAAAGAUUCCCGGUUUGACGGAGCUUCUUUGAGUCGAGAUUCCACGCGAGAAAGCAGAGGAAGCAGAGAUGAUGAAGACGAUGAGGCUCGUCGGCGCCGCAAGAAGAAGUCGAGAGACUCGCAAUAUGGCGAUGAUGAAGAAGAUACCCGAAGCGUCAAGUCCGAAUCGCGUCGAAGCCGUCAUCGUUCAGAGGAAGGCCGCUCUGACGAAAGAGAUCGCCGGCGCCGCAGCACUCGGGAUGACGAUUAUGAUGCCGCAUCGCCAGCCCGUAGCGAGUCUGGUCGCAAGCAUCACCGCCGUCGCCGCACUGACGAUGAUGGCGAGGAUCUCCUCCGGAGAGACAGCCGCAACGAGUCUCGCAGCGCUGUGAGCGAAAGCGGACGCCGCCAUCAUCACCGACGCCGAACUGAUGAAGAUCCAUAUGGCGCCAGCUCUCGGGACCGGUCUUUUUUAGGGAUGCGGGUAGAGGAUCUGCCGCCUCUACCCGGUAGUCGCCCAGUGAGCCCAGAUUUGGCUGCUGAAAACCAGGAGCGGGGAGAAGGCAGCCCUGCUGAUGCCGAAUCUGGUUCUGGGUUGGUGAAGAGUCUGAACAUCUCCGACGCAGACGUGGCGAGAGAAGUUCCUGAGGCCCCAAGUUUCGCUCUCGACACCACCUCAAGGCCUGGUACGUUGCACAGGCCAAUGUCCUCUACUGCAGUGCCGCUGAAGUUCCCCUUCGGACAAGCACCUCAGACCCCAGGAAGUGGCAAGGACCGUUCACAUAGCUUCAGUUCGCCCACGGCACCAGGUUCGACCCCAGUUUCGCCCGCCGCUGGAAAACACUCUCGUCAAGGUCGCCCCAACUCCUCGGAAUUCCGACCUCUUUACUUGGUAGAACGCAACCGCAAGACACCGGAGGUGGAAGAUGUACUCCCCAGUCUACCGUCUAGCAAGCCUUCUAGUCGAGCUUCAAGUGUUCCCGAGAGCGACGACUACUAUCAAUCUGCUGUGGAAGAUUUGGCGACCGACUCUCCCUCCGGCUCGCGCGGGCUGACCAUCGAUACAGGGGUUGCUCGAGAGCAUUACCCGGGCGACUUGCUGGAUUCAGAAGAGUUAACUCCAAAGGCUAGCGAGUUCCCGCAUGUACUUUCUGAGAAACACGUCAAGCAGAAGCCGCAAUUCUACACCUGGGAAGACUUUGCUCGCGAAGAGAGGAUGCGUGAUGAACAGAAGCAUAGUGAAGAAACAACCAAUGCUGUCGCCGAAAACACGCCAGUUGACUUACCCUCUUCAUCUGCGACUCGUUCGACAUCGCCGUCAAAGUCCGACCAUAGCCAUGGAGGCUCCUUUAAGUCAGUUGCAGCUGCCGCCAUGCUUGGCACUGCCGCCGUCUAUGCCGACCACAAAUUCAAAGAUCUUCCUUCCGAAAGUUCUCACGAGCGCGAAGAAAAUAGUGCGAGCGUAUCUCGAGAUAGGCAAGUGCCAGAAGCAUCUCAUUCAUAUCCACUGCCUGCGCCAAUUGAGGAAUCAGUGCACGCUUCGCAGCCUGUUCAUGAGCCUACAGUUUCUCGCAAAAGCUCAAAGAAAAAAGGCAAAAAGGACAAGAGCCAGAUUGGACAAGAUGAACAAGCGGACAAUUUCGGCUCUCCAUCUCUGCCACUAGAGCCUGCUUCCAUGGACCAUCCAGAACUGGCUACGUUCCCCGCGGCAACACCACAGAUUGAGGCCGGCAAGAUAAGCCGUGAGCGCGACGCUGCGAUUGAUGCGAGCACGCCAGCUCACAUGGAAGCGCUUGCGCGACGCGAAACUGAUGUCUUCCCUGAUUCUGAAGCUUUGGCUGAAGAAGGUAGCGCAGCCCGGGACAUGGCUGCUACGCCAGAACAAUCUUCCAUAACGUCUUCAAAAAACUCACUCGAUCGUUUCUUGCAGACAGAGCAAGGUAUGGAAGAGGGCACAGUCUUCGCGUCUGCAGCCGCACACACCAUGCCUGUGUUGCCGUCUAAUGAGGCGUCGAAUAACUCCAGGGAGCUCGCGGACGAAGCCGAGCCCGAGAACUACACGCAGCAGGACACGGUCACAGCUCAUGAAGCUCAGCGACCUUCUCGGUCCUACAAAAUCCCUAAUGCAAAAGCUGAACUUGCGCCUCUGGUCAUCGAGCAGCGCACAGCAGAAGCUGGUGGUGACGACGACUCUGCGGAUAUAACGCCAGCUCCCAAGCUCACCCGGAAACAAUCGAAGAAGGCUAAAAAGAAGCAGAAGGCUACUACCUUGUUUGAGGCAGAGGCUGCUGAUGAGUCCAGUGUGCAGAGCGCGGACACUCUUCACCAGACAUUAGCUCUCGAAGAAGCGCCUAAGGGCAACUCUGGUAUAUCUCUUGCGGAAGUGCCUGAGGUGCAGGACCUUCGGGAAAGCCCAGAAGUAGAAUCAGCAAACGACACUGCGCCGGAGCCAGCCCCUCGGAUCAGUUUUGGAAUGGCUGACUUCCACGUGGUAGCGCAAAGCGGUGGGUGCGGCUGGCACGAUUCGCAAGCUCAAGCUUUUCAGUCGAUGCUCCGCGAGAGCAGUUCCCGGGAAGCUGAACCACUCAACGAAUCUCAGGACUUUGAUAAGCAGCAAAGUGCAGUGGGCAUAGGCCAGUUGCAGCAGGAUCAGGUCUCUGAACCUUCUGUCUCUGAACCUCCUGUCUCUGAACCUCCUGUCUCUGAACCUUCUGUCUCUGAACCUUCUGUCUCUGAACCUUCUGUCUCUAAGAGUGCGAAGAAGGACAAGAAGAAGAAGAAGAAGCCUUCAACGUGGUCCGAAGCUGACACGGAGACGGCGGUAAUUGAGUCUGACACUGUCCAGAAGUCUCCUUUCGAGGAGCCCAGCCAAUCAGGGGAAGACCAUGAGAAUCCCCGUGGCAUUGUCACCGCUGCUUUGGCUGCAGCUGCAGGCGCUGCAGGCGCCGCCGUACUAACAGAGAAACAAGCAAAGAAGAAGGCGAAGAAGGACAAGAAGAAGCAAUCACCUACCUGGUCUGAACCUGAAGCUGAAGUCGAGCCUCCCACACGGCCUGUAACUAGCGGAAUUGACGAUUCUCUGGAGGGUGCGGGGCCCGCGCAGCCAGAGGAAAUGCUAGAGCCUCUCGCUCAGUCUUCCCAGGAAGAGGUGGAGGAGCCUCCCGCGCAAGCAGCUAGCAACGAGCGCGAUGCAUCCGCUGUUCUGACUCUAGAGCCGCAAGCCAUUAAUAACUCUUCGCCCACGGCCGCCAAGAGGAAGAGCAAGAAAGACAAGAAAAGGAAAUCGUUACCGCAGGAUGAGCCCGAGACGGAGGCUCUCACCCAGCCAGAGCAAAAUGCUGGUGACGAAGCUGAGAGUACUUACCUAAAAGACGAAGCCGAGGUGCCUAAAGGGAUCUUCGUCGAUGAGCCCACCGAAGACUCCACUUUCGUAGGGACUGCGCAGAUUUCAGAGCCACAGACUCAAGAGACACCGGGAGAGCAGCCUGAUGGUACAAUCCAGCCGUCUGAAGAUGUGCGUGUGCCCUCUGAUGAAGGUCUCACCCCGACAGACCAUACUCGGCAGUCUGAGGAGGCCCAACAUCCAGAAGAACCCAUGCCUAGCACGUCGAGAAACCAGAGCAAGAAAGACAAGAAAAAGAAGAAGAAAAGGGCUACUGCGGCUUCGGCAGAACCCGAGCAAGAGCAAGACACUGAGUCCAGGCAGAUGUCAGUCGAUGAGUCAGCCUUCGUCGAUGCCGUCGAGGACUCAGCCGAGACGACUAAUGCUGCGGACGUUUACUCAGACGUCAAACCUUCAUCUUCGUCGGCUCCGAGACCAAUGAGUGACGAAGGAUUGACGACUGAUCCUGCUGCUACUGAUGAAUUGCCAGCUCAAGUCGAGUCUGAGCCAUUCGCCCCUAUCUCUCGUAAGAAGAGCAAGAAGGACAAGAAGAAGAAGACGCAGUGGUGGGCUGAGCCCGAUCCUGAGUCAGCCUCAAUAGAAGACUCGGCUUCACGCUCGAUGUCAAUUGAUGACGCAGCCUUCGUGGAUGCAAACGAGACUCAAAUGCCAGCAAACGAGCCUGCGGAAGUGGCCGACGUUCACCCGGAUGUUGCAAUGCUCGAACCUACACCUGAAGGCAACGACUCUACCCAGAUCACCACUCAGGAUGCUCGGUCUGAAAGCUCUUUGGUCGAGUCUGCUCCAGUAUCCAAGAAGAACAGCAAAAAGGACAAGGACAAGGAGCAGAACUUCGCUUGGAACGAACUCGAGGAUGAAGUACCUGGGGCGUCGGUAACCACACCCGAGGACAGUCUUACGAUGCCUGAGCCUCGCGAACAACCUCUGCCGGCUGAUGACAGAGCCAAGCCCUCGGAGGAGUCUGAGCGGUCCUCUGCUGCCAAUCAAGAUACCCGAUCGGACUCUUCACAGGCCGCCAUUCUAGGUGAACAAGCCAACCACAACAACGUGAGUACGCCGGAACCAGCGUGGGAAGAAUCGAUGACUUCUGUGAAGAAGAAGAAGAGCAAAAAGGACAAGAAACGAAGACAAACAAUGGAUUGGACAGCGCCAGAGGCACCGGCAUUUUCCGACGACGUUGAUCAAGUCCCAGCGCGGAGCAACGAUACAGAAGAGCCCACACAACCACAGGACGAAGACGUGCCGAUUGAAACGCAGAAGGGAGCUGCAGAAGAGACUUGGACGCCAUCUCUCGACGACGUCGAUCAAGUCCCAUCGCCAAGCAACGAUACGGAAGAGCCCACGCAACCACAGCACGAGGACAACAAAGAUGUGCCGACUGAAUUGCAGAAGGGAGCUGCAGAAGAGACUCGGACGCCAUUUCUCGACGACGUCGAUCAAGUCCCAUCGCCAAGCAACGAUCCAGAAGAGCCCACGCAACCACAGGACGAAGACAACGAAGACGCGCCGACUGAAAUGCAGAAGGGUGCUGCAGAAGAGACUUGGACACCCAUGGGUGCCAACCAAGAGCUCCCAGAGCCUCAAGAAACCGCGACUGAUCCUUCUUCACUCGAGAACUUCGUCCCGGCCAUCUCAGAUAAGGGGGAGGAGAGCAAGUUGACCCAAGAAUCGGAAUCGAAAUCGACAGAUGUCGAGCCCGUCCCAAGAGAAUUGUCCGAAUCGACAGACAAGGAUGCCGCUCACGUGGAGUCUUUGGGAGACCUUCAACGCCUUGCGAACGAACCGGGUCUCCUUUCGGAGGAGCCUUCGAAAGGUGAAGACUUUGCCCCUGCUGCGUCGAAGAAGAAGAAGAGCAAGAAAGACAAGAAGAAGAGGCAGACCUUCGGUUGGACUGAGCCGGAGCCUGAAUCGAUCUCCACCCCUGAAGCUGAGAAAGACGUAGCUACAGCUGCAGGACUGGCAGAUGUUGCAGAUGAGACCUCACUGAGCGAGGCGAAGGAAAUCGUGCCCACUGAGAAAGGAGAAAAGGCCGAUGAGGAUUUCAAAGAUCCACAGCACCCAUCUACUGCGCCUGAUGCCUCUGCCGCCCAAGAAGAUGCCGCAGCCGAGUCGGAGCCUUCCGAGAAUGUUGGUUCUAAUUUGCCCCGCAAGCAAAGCAAGAAAGACAAGAAGAAAAAGCGGCGACAACAGACCCUGGACCGGGAAGCCGAUGUUGAAGACUAUCAACCAUCUGCUGAGACGGCACCAGUCUCGUCUUCUCAAGAGCUGCAAACUUCAGAGAGUGGCGAACAGGAGCAAGCGAGAUUGCAAGAGGCCAGCGAAAGUCCCGAAAAGAUCCCAUUGCCCGCGGAGUCCGACAACGAGGUCGCUGAACUGUCUGUCUUCGAGAAUGAGGAGCAUCGCGAGCUCGGUCCGCGUGAGGCACACAACAAGCCAGCCAGCAUUACGCAUGAUCCAGAAGUGCGUACGAAAUUCUCGACUGCUAAUGACAACUUCGUAGCGACUGCUGAGGCAGACGAUGCACCAGCGGAAUCAUCAUGGACGUCUAGCUCAAAAAAGAAAGGCAAGAAAGACAAGAAAGGCCGGAAAACUGUGCCUGAAAUUUCACCUGCGGAGACGCCUUCUGUCCUCGAGCACGAGCAACCUGCAGAAGACGAUCCGGUGUUCUCAAAGGCAUCAGAUCGCUUGAACGAAACGCCAGUCGAAGAUCAGAAUGCCGAAGUCACCACAUUCGCUGAUCCAGACACGAUUCUGACCGCGCCGGCAGAGCAAUCAUCACAAGACGAUUUCGCCUGGGCCACGAGUAAGAACAAGAAGUCAAAGAAGAGCAAAAAGGGACGUCAGUCCGUCGUUGAGGCUCUCCAGCCACCGGCGGAAGGGAGUGCAGAGCCAGAUGUCGGAGAGACUGAGCAACCGAUUGAGCCCGCGACGGAAGUGACUGACGCAGAGCAAACUUCCCGUCUUGCACCCGAGUAUGAGGCCAGUGUCGCGGAUCAUGCGAGCGAGAUACCUGCGAAUUCAAGCACUGAGCGCGACUCAUCCAAUUCGCCUCAUCAGUUGGAGGCAAACGUCGACCUCGAGACGGAUCAGAUGCCCAAGCCUGAAGAUCUGCCUGACAGCCUUGCAGAUGAGCCUCAAGUCGACACUUGGGAGGUCCCAGCAAGCUCAGAGAAGGACAGGAAAGGCAAAAAGUCCAAGUCAUUAGGCUCAAUAACACCCGCCAUUGACACGCCUUUGCCUGGUGUUAGUGGACCAAACGAGGCUCCGGGCGAGGAAACAUCAGCUCAGACUAUCACAGAGCAAGCAGAGCCUGAGCCGCGUGCUUCCAUUGAUGAUCAAGAUAUCGCCGCGAUGCUCGCUGCAGAAGAGCCGCAGGAGGACCUGUGGGCUGCGCCGAGCAACAAGAAGAAGAAGAAGAAGAAGGGCAAAAAAGGCAGAGACUCGACUGCUGAAACAAGCGGUGUUGAUACACGGUACAACAUUGAUGAAAGUGCUGUUAUUGAAUCUACUGGUGAAUCGGAAACUCUGCCUGAGCCGGAUGCCGAUUUGACCAUGACGGACGCUGCCAGGGAGGACUCUGCCGAGACAAGUAUCGCGGAAGAUCUCUGGACCGCUCCUUCUUCUAAGAAAAAGAAGGGCAAAAAGAGCAAAAAGUCUGAGUCCGGACACGCUACUCCAACGACAGAGGACGUCAUCUCUAAUUCGGAGCCCACGAUCGAACACGCGCCCACUGAAGAACAUGCGCUCGUUCCAGAGAAUAGCGAACCCACCGAGACGGAAGAGUACGCUGCACCGUAUGAAACGGCUCCAGCCGAAGUGGAAGCAAAUACUGUCGAGGACAUCUGGGCCGAAGAAGAUCUCGCCACGCAUGAGGGUCAUGACGCUGUGCGCGACUUGGUUGGAGAUCCUUCUGAAGUCACUGAAAGCUCUUGGCAGCCUCUCAGCUCGAAAAAGUCAAAGAAGAAGAAAUGCAAACGUGGCAGUAUCGCAGCAGCGAUGUCCUCGGCCGAGCCUGAAUCCGCAGACGCUCCUCAGCCUGGCCGCGGGCAAGACGUGCCGAGUCAAGGCAUUACGACAGCCGACACCGCCCAAGGUAUCGAACAUGGCGUGGAUAGUAGCAGGUCCCAAUCAUCUGGGGAGUCUGAACGACUCGAUGCGCCUACUCAGGAGACGGAAACUCGCGACAUCAAGCCAGAUGCGUCUUUCGAAGACCCAGUAGAUGAUGUGCAAGAAAAUUCAUUUGCCAGUCAUGAGGGUUCAUCCGUCCCUCAACCCGGCAACAAGUCAAAGGAAAACACCGAGAGCAAAGAAGCUGCCCAGGGCGACGUCAAUGCUCUUGAGAGUACUGCUCUUGACGACAUCCCAAAGCUAGAGUACGCCACUUCCCCCUUCGCGGUCGACCCAACUCCACAGAUAAGCACGCAUGAGCCUGCACAGGCUGAGAUCAGCGAUGUUUGGGCACUUCCUCCGAAGGGCAAGAAAGGCAAGAAGGGCAAAAAGGCCAAGCAGACCUUUGCUUGGGAAGACGAUACUCCAAUUGAGGAAGGGACGCCUGCGGAUGGGGCGCCAGAAGUCGAGUCACCGAAGGAGGCUGCGCCAGUUGAGGAUACUUUCCAUACCGUUCAGCUAGGUGAUGCUGAUCAGCAGCCUGCGUUUGCAGAGUCGACAGAUCAUGAAGUGCCUGCACAGGCAGCGGAACCAUUGCCGAAGCCCUCUACACCUCCAGACAAAGCAGAUGACUCGACGGCAGCGGACUCGAGAACCGUGGAACCGGCGCUGCCCUCGUCUGCUGAAGCGGUAGAAGAGGUGUCUGCCGAUCCUCAAGAAAGAAACGUGCCAGAAGAUCAAAGCGACGAGCUCCCAGUCACCACCAAGAAGAGCAAAAAGGACAAAAAGAAGGCCAAAAAGAACAAAGGUUUGGCAGUCGACCCUCCAGCUGAAGAGAUACCUGGGACAAGUGAAGAUCAUCAAAAAGAUGAGUCGUUCGGGGCCGCUGCAGUUGCAACCGCCGCAGCGGCAGGCGUCGUAGCUGGAGAGUUUGUAGAGCAGGAGCCACAGGAACCUGAAUGGGCUGGCUUUCCGAGCAAGAAAUCGAAGAAGGACAAGAAGAAGGCAAAGAAGAGCGGUCUGUCGACCCCGGCCGCACCACAGGAAGGCUCGGCGGGCUUGUCCGAUGAGGUUUCGAAGGGAGACUCGAAUGGAUCGGCAUCUGUCGACGCAGUAAAGGUGGAAUCGAAGCACCAAGACGGCGCCCAGACGGUCGUCGACGCCGAAGAUACCGAAAAGACAUGGACGUUCCCUGAGGAACCGAAUGCCGGCGCUCCGAAACUUGAUCGACUCCCAUCGCCAGCCCAAGACCCUGUCCCUGUUGGGGAGAGUACCGCAGGCUUCCAAGAGGACAGCCGUCUCGAGCAGGUGCACAAAGCGCUGACCGACGAGCCCUCCACACACGAAUUGCCUGAAUACAACCCGGGCGAGUUUCCUGCAGAAGGCGCUGAGGCGGACUUCAAUGCGCAAGAUCGUAAUGAGGCGACCUCCGAGCCGACUAGUGCGAGCGCGCCACAUCAAGUCUCACACGACAUUGACUUUGCCGCUGCUGUCGCUGCCGGUCUUGCUGACAGCGGCUUCAAUCCCGACUUGGUGAUCAACGAUCCGGUGUUCCAACGCAGAGCAUCGCCUUCCGGGAGUAACGCUGAAGCCGAUCCUGAGGAAGUUCCCUUGUCAACGACAACAAGGCGAAGAAGAAGCAAGAACGCGCCCGAAGCCUCUCACAGCCCUGAAAACGAGCAAGCAAUCCAUGCUCGAGAUAUGGCAAAUGACAGCGUCCCCGCUGACGACUUCGACAACGCUAUCAGCCAAGGCUUGACGAGCACAGGGUUUGACCCUGGGCUAUUGGAGAAGGCACUUGCAUCUAGCAAUGAUCAACUGUCUGGAAACGUUGCAGAUGACCCCGAAGACUUCUCUUCCACCACCACCUCGAGGCGCAAGAAGGCAAAGAAAGGCAAAAAGUCGAAACUAGCUCCCGAGACAGACACCUCAUCAGCUCCCGAUGUCGAAUCCACAGCUGGUCCAACUGAUGCCAAUGACUUCACACAACAGCAUCAUGGCUCCCCCGACGCAGUGACAACCAUUCCGACUUCAGAGGGACCGCAAACCUCAGAAGCCGCACUGCUUGAUGAUCCUUUGCAGGAUGAGAAUGCGCCAGCAGUGCAAUUGCAAGAUAAUAAUACGCAAAUGACCAGUGCAGAGAGGCCGAGAUCGUCCAGCGGCAGCGUCGUAAAUGUCAUGAACGUUGGGCGUGAUGAGAUGGAUAUGGAUGAAAUGGACAGGCAGUACAAGGAAUAUCGAAGGAACAAACGCAAGCAAAAGAAGUUGAAGGCCGCAGCGAAAGCAGCAGGUCCGUCCGACAACCUAGAAAGUUCAACAGCUGUGUCCGACAGCGACGCACUUCCGCGCAGCAUUCAUGCAAGCAGCGCUCUUGGGCCGUCAAUCGCGCGCGACGAGGUCGCAAAGAACGAUUCAUCAGCUGUUGAAGAGCGGACACGGGAACCGGAGCCACUACAGAGCCCAACAAACGAUCAGAGCGUCGUGCGAAGCGUUUUCCCGGGUCUUGAGCGUGUCAAGAGGCGCGCUCCAUCGAUACCUUCAGCGAACGAUGAUCCAGGAGAUAGGCGCUCCAGCUCGAGCAGUCGACGCGGCCUUCUGCAGCACACUUCGGAAGUGUCGCAGCUGCUACCAGUCGCUGUGCCAAGAAGCCCACCGCGAUCCGAGAUGGCCCUUCAGGAAGGCGACGUGGAAAUUCAAGAGUCCAAACGAGACUCGACUGAUGGCUGGGCAGGGGCCGUUGCUGCUGCCGGUCUUGGUGCUGCCGUCGCUGCCGCUGCGCGACAACGUCAAGCCAGAAAGUCUGCGGCGAAUGAAUCAGCAUGGUCAUUUGAUGCUCUCGAGGAGCGAAACAAAGCCACUCCUGAAUCGCCGCCAUCCGCCUCAAGAGAUCAUCAGCCUAUCCGAGACAGUGGCUAUCAAGAGGCCAAACGCUCUUCAAAUAGCCCCGAGCGGACCAGCCGCGAAAUACCCGAAAUACUUCACACCAGCUCAUCUCGUGAUAGCCUGCGUGAGCGAAGAUCGCUGGAUCCGCUGCGAAUAUCUACUACUCCUGACGAUGCAUGGGACAUCCGCAGUCCGAAAAAGAGACUUGAUGAUGGUCGAGGCCACGUAGCUGGCGAUCGUCCACACAGUCCUAGUGCCGAGACGCCGCUCAAGCCGACAAGUAAGGAACGCGUCUCGUAUCUUUUCCAAUCGCCUCCUGACACUUUAGCUGGUGCAACAGAUACCACGCCCCAAAGCGCCACAUCAUCCACUGCGCAACACAAGUCGCCAGCUGGCGAGUACUUCAAGACGAGAUCCACGUCAAGAGGGUCGAACGAUUAUGUCAAUACCACAAGAGAAGACACGCCCGAUCGAUCCACAUUUUCUCCGCAUGGUGGACGCGAUGUCAGUCAAGACCGAUCAACAUUUUCACCAGUCGGUGUCAGAGAAAGUCAUGAUCGGCCCGCUUUCUCGCCUAUCCAUAGCCCACGAAGCCCAAGCAUUCCACUCGAUGCCAUUCCCGAAGAACAGCAUGUGGGCAAGAGAAGAAAGCCUGAUUCAGACGUUGGCGGACCAUCCCAGAUCAAAGCAGUCCAACGCGCCGAGACGCCGCAGUCCAUCCGUGCCAGACAGAAUACGGUCUCGCCCAGCAUCCAGGCAACAAUGAACAUUCCAAUGGACCUGCCGAGAUCUACGAGCAACCCGCUUUCGACGGACACAUUGAUUAACCGCCUCUCGUGGCCCUCUGUCAAUGAGGAUCAGGAUACCGUCCAUAUUGACCGUCCUUUGGGCCAUCGGUACUCGAAGCCUGCAUUGCCGGAUCCGCGGUCUCCAAGCGCCAUGAGUAACCGGUCCAACACCAGUGGCACCCACUUUAAAUCUCCUCAGGACAUGCGCUCGUACAGUCGCACAAGCAACCGCAGCUCGACGCCUUCUCUGCGGCGGACGAGCUUGUCAGGUGAUCUUCGGGCCGUCAGCCGGCGGGGCGACGCGAGCGGGCCGGAUUCGGCCGUUGGCGCGGCAGCAUCUCCCAAAACAAUUCCCUUCGAGCCUCCGCCAACGCCGCCGCUCAACGAUGACGAAGUGAUCCAUGGUAGCGCCUCGCGCGCCGCAGACAUGAACGAUGAUAUUUUCGUACGUUCUAAUCCGACAUCACGGCUCAUUACUAGCGAUGCUAACGAUGCGCAGCAGGGCUAUGGCGACGCACAGCAAUCGCAAGUCUCGCCCACGCGACCGCCAAGCGUGCGUAAGCGCCAGAGCAUGCACAUCACGGACUUGGAGACUAGGAUAAAUGAACUGGCUGCGGAAAAUCGUGCGCUGCAAGAAGCUCGACGAUACGCCGAGCAGACACAUGAUGUCGCCCGCGACGUGAACUCCCAGGCUCUCCAGGAAGCUUUCGCCACACGUGACCUGCAGCUGCAAGAAAAGGAUGCCGAGAUCAAUCAGAUCAAGGCGAUGCUGCAGCCUUUGCAGGGAGAAGUCGCUCGCCUGACAGAGAUCAACGGUGGACUCUCUGAGGCUAACAGAAACUUGGUCGACGACACCAACGGUCGAUAUGCCACGCUCCAGGCCGAGCACAAUGAUGCGCACGAGAAGUGGCAGUCUGCCAGCAGGGAGCUCGAGACGAUCCGCUCAGAGCACGGUAGAGUCACGUCUGGCAUGCGCGACAUCGUCGAGGCUGAGAUUGCGUCUGCACUGGCCGACAAGAAUGCGGAGAUUCUCCGGCUGCGGGAGCAACUGGACAUUGCCGCCGAGCAGAUCCGAUCUCUGCAAAUGCAGACUCAAUCUUCCAAGUCAAGCGACUGGCUCGUCCAGCGUGACGAAGACUACUUCGAUGGAGCAUGCCAGAAACUGUGCCAGCACGUCCAGCAGUGGGUACUACGCUUCUCGAAGCUGUCCGACAACCGUGUAUGUCACCUGUCCACGGAGCUCAAAGACGACAAACUGGAGGCGCGCCUGGAUAACGCCAUACUGGAUGGCUCGGAUGUCGACAAGCUACUCAGCGAUCGAGUGCGCCGUCGCGAUGUCUUCAUGUCUGUGGUCAUGACCAUGGUUUGGGAGUACGUCUUCACGCGAUACUUGUUCGGCAUGGACCGCGAACAACGCCAAAAACUCAAGGCUCUCGAAAAGACACUGGCAGAGGUCGGACCACCUCGCGCUGUGGCUCACUGGCGUGCCACGACGCUCACUCUGCUCUCUAAGCGUCCGGCUUUCGCCACUCAGUGCGGGCUCGACACCGAGGCUGUUGCACACGAGAUUUUCAACAUGCUUUGCACGCUUCUACCACCACCGCAAAGCGCGGAGCAGCAACUGUUCGCCUCGUUGCAAAAGGUCAUGGGCGUUGCGGUCAACCUGUCUAUCGAAAUGCGCACGCAACGAGCCGAGUACAUUAUGCUACCUCCGCUCCAGCCGGAGUACGAUACCAAUGGAGAUUUGGUGCGCAAAGUGCAUUUCAAUGCGGACCUCAUGAAUGAACGGUCUGGAUUUUUCAGUUCCAACGAGGAACUAGCUGCCGAUCAAGCGGUGGUCAAGAUUGUGCUGUUCCCGCUCGUGGUGAAGAAGGGGGACGACAAUGGAGAAGGGGAGGAGGAGAUUGUCGUCUGCCCAGCACAGGUGCUUGUGCGAAAUGACGGAGGAAGGGGGAAGAAGGUCGUUCGCGUGAUGAGCGGAGCCCUUCCCAUGGACAUUGAUCAUCCGAUGGAAGGUCGGCAGAGCAGGCACAGCAUGGUCAGUGAGUCGCCUGGGAGUGUUGCACUCUAG